UUUUUUAUUCAAUUAAGUUAGAAGAUCUCAAUAGAUAUUUGAAUUAUCAAAUUUCACCUGAUUUUUCUCCUGCAAAGAGGCUGAACUCUUGCUUACUUCCUGCCCCACCCAAUACGGGAAACAUGCCGACACCUGUGUUUUCAUUACCUGAAUCCAUGCCCGCGAUGGCUCGUUCUCUGCCGCGUUACUCAUCUCACUAUCAAAUUGAGUUUGUUGGCCCUUAAAUUGAAUAAUGGCUGUGCAAAUUGCGAUUUGUGCAACUCUGUUUCAUUACUGGCACGUACAUCGUAUUGGGGGGAAGCGGGGAUUAACCUAAACAAUGUAGUCCUUAUACAUAAGAUGAUCUGGUACUUGUGCGUUCGUCCCCAUACUACAUUCGCUUUUCUAGAAGGAAUGGCGUUUCUUCCAACUGCUCAAUGGCGUGAACGUGUCAGACGUCAGACUUUAGCACUGACGGAGAAAAACUUCCUCCUGUUUCUCAGAUCACCGUGGGCGACUCUCUUUCGCGCAUUGGUCCUGCCAAUAAUUUUCACCGCAUUAUUCUGUUCCGGUGGAAAACUCUCCAAUAUUUCAUCCACGCCGAACGAAGGUGGAGUUGCCAACUCUUCGCAGCAGAUUAAAAGUUUGAAACAAGCGCUGGAUGGGGUUCCCCUCAAAAAACUUGUUCUGUGCCGAAAUGGAUUCAAUGGGACAGAAGUCAAUUCGAUUAUAGAGACUGCGGUACAAGGCCUCAGCUUGGACAGGUGGGUUACAAUUGACAAUGUGGACGACUUGUAUUACAAUUGUCUACAAUCACGGACUGGCAUCUCCAACUGCUUCGCUGCUGUCAUCUUCACCUCAGUCAAUGCUACGAAUGUUGAUUAUAUCAUCGCCACCGACAGCGCUACAAGCCUAUCGAGUACCGACUUUGCAAAGCAUGAAUCCUUGAGCAACGACCGCCUCCUGCCACUGCAAUGGGCUAUCGAUUCUAGCAUUGGGAGCUUCAGUAAAACGACUCCGCCAUCAGAACUUCCCUGGUCCGGAUAUUUCGAAGACCAAGCACCGGAUGCAAGCUCACAGCUUGAUACCGCAUCUUGGUUUGUGGUAAUUUACUACUUCAUCGCUCCGGCAUUUCUCCUCGCUUUGAUUGGUGUUGUCUACCAUGCCAGUCUAUUUGUGGCAUCAGAAAGAGAAUUGGGAAUGGCCGAACUUCUAGAUGCACAAACAUGCACGAAAACACCUCGAAUUCUCUCCACCAUUGCUUCUUUUGUUGCAAUUUAUUCGCCAGGAUGGUUCAUUUGCUCCAUUCUCAUGACCCAGCUUCUCUUCACGCGUUGCUCCGAUGCCCUCCUCCUGUUCCUUACACUAAUAGCUGGGACAUCUCUCACUGUGGUAAGUAAAUGUUUCCUAUCAUCACAUCAAAAAUUCUUCAGGGAUCCAGACUUGAGGGACGUAAUUCAAGAUUCACUUCUUUCACAUGCAGUCUUCAAGACACAUAUUUUUAGUUCCAGCUUCAGCUCUAUAACAUUUGCUAAUACUACUGCAGUGGGCACUGUUCUUAUCCUCAUUUUUCAGGAAAGCCCAGCUAGCAGGACUUUAUGCCUCCAUUCUCACAUUCACGCUGGCCUUCGGCACUGUAGCGUUCGUGUUCAGUGACACCCCAUCUCAUACCACGAUCGCAAUACUAAGCGCCUUAUUUCCUCCGUUCACCUACGCAAGUCUCAUCGGCGACAUUGCGCGGGCCGAGGCGCACCUCGCCAGCUUUUCGCUCCAGAAGUCCAUCACUACCACCUCUGAUAGUCUAGGUUUCACUCCGCAAGUCACCGGCUACCUGUAUAUCAUAUUCUUAUGUGCCCAAAUUGUGGUUUACACCGCUGCGUGCUUUGCAGUUGAUCACUACAAAUGGAGUGUGAAAAGAAGCUACGAUGAGAUUGAUUCGUCUAGUGACGUUGCAGUACGCUGCACCGAACUUUCGAAGACUUUUGAAGCGAGCCGUCGAUGGUACUGGCCAUGGAGCACUGUGGGAAGCAGCCAUCUUGCGGUUAACAGUUUAAAUCUCGAAUUGAAGACAGGUUCAGUUAAUUUCCUACUCGGGCCAAAUGGGGGAGGUAAAACGACGACGCUGAAAUGUAUUGCGGGCAUCAUCUCUCCGGACAAAAGUUCACGACUGGAAAUCAAUCAAAAUGCCAUGUUUUUUGGCGUCUGCCCCCAGCAUAAUGUAAAUAUCACUCCUUCCAGUUAUGUGCCGAGUUAACAUUUGUAGGUUUUCUGGGAGAGACUGACGGUUGCCGAACACGUCAGAAUUUGGAGAAAGAUUAAAACUGGAGAAACUAUGGUUGGAAGCGAAGAUGAUGUGCUUGCAGAGUGCGAUAUCUUGAAAAAAUCUAACCAAGCUGUGGAGACAUUAUCUGGGGGCCAGCAAAGGAAGCUGCAGCUUGCCAUCGCGUUUGUGGGAGGUUCCACAAUGUGCUUCAUCGAUGAGGCUUCCAGUGGUUUGGUAGCUACAGCCAGUCCAAAGUCUUGACCACUGCUGACAGAUUUUAGGAUCCCCUCUCAAGACGCAAUAUCUGGAACAUUAUCUCCAAUUGUCACUCGCGCCGUACCGUCUUGAUAACCACGCAUUUUCUUGACGAGGUAAGGAAGAAGCCCAGAUUUCAUUCUACUUAAAUUACUAAAUCUUCUUAGGCCGACGUUCUUGCGGACAACAUUUCAAUCAUCUACAAAGGAGGACUUGUGUGCACAGGCACCCCCACUUCACUGAAAGCUAACUACGGACUGGACCUCGAGAUCCGACAGAUUGCGACAGAAGAUGACGAAGGUUACGAAGAAGAUGAAAAUGAUGAAGAAGACAAAAUGCCUACGUGGAACAUGAAGACUUCUACUGAAGCAACAAAGAAGAUUCUCGAAUUGGAAGAGCUAUCAGGUGGUUUAUACUCAGUUACCUUCCCGACGCUAGAGCAAGUCUUUUUGAACGUCACCAAUUCAUCGCUGAUCGAUGGUAAUGGCAACGGAGAUGUAGUACUUGGUGAUCAAAUAUCUAGACAGGAGACUGAGCUCGAAGAACUGAACCCAGGAAGUGUGGAUGGAGUAACCCUUGAAGUUGGGAAGCAAACCAAGCUAUUUCACCAAGUAAGUUGCCAAUUUGUUGGCCUAACUCUCGUACUAACUACAUUCAAGAUUCUAGUCAUUCUGAAGAAACGCUACCUUCUAGCACGGAACAGCUGGAUGAGUUAUGGUAUCGCUCUCGUAAUCCCAAUUGUCAUUGCCGUUGCAGUAGCCAGCUCGGUCGCCAAAUUCGACAGCUUUGAUAACUGUACACAUAGAAUGGAUGUUACCAUGCGAAAUGCAAGCAAAGCAGAGUUCAUGGCUUUAAGAGGGGCUUUUAAUAAUUACGAUGUUCUCGGUCCUUUGGAAACCCCUGAUUUCUACAGCGCUGAGGACCUUGCGUACUAUGCGAUUUCUAGCAUUGCUGGACCGCCGGCUGCUUUUGAUGACGAAGCUCAAAAUACAAUUUAUGUAGAGAAUAUGGGACACUUUUUUGGGUCAGUCAGUCUUGAACAAGAGGGUGUUACUGGAGAACAGAAGGCUCUAGCUACUCGUGGCAAUGCGUCUUCACUUACAGAAAUGAUCUCCAUCAUCAAGGAUCACCACGGUCAGCCAGCAUUUGGUGUUUUUGCUGACUCGGCCGAUGUCACGCUCGUUCAUCGAAUGUACCCAGAAUUCUCCAUGGCAGGCAUGAACAUCAUCACAAAUCGACUUGCGAACUCCUCGGCACAAACUGGAACGGCAAGAAAGGUCAAGGCAACGUACCGCAAAUUCCGGCACGUCGACUUUACUCCCGACCCAUUGUCAAUUCCAAUCUUAGUGUUCAUAACACUUGGGUUCAUAUGUAGCACAAGUGUCAGCAUCCUGUAUCCGGUGUUCGAGAGGAUCAACAAUGUCAGGGCCUUGCAGUAUUCAAAUUCAGUCUCGGUAAGUUUCUCCAACGAUCUAAACAUAGUGUGCUUUUGUCUAACAUAGAAAUAGUCUGCAGCACUAUGGACAGCCUACCUGAUCUUUGACAUGCACAUUGGGAUCAUCACGUCCGUCGUAACAUGGGCAAUUAUAUUCUCGGGCGGGAAGAGCCGGAUCUGGUAUGAAUCAACAUUCAUCCUCUUUGCAAUACUGCUAUUCUGUAUUGCGACCUACCUAGGACUUUAUCUCUGCUCUUUAUUCCUCAGAAGAGCUGCGUUUGCAGUUGCAGUUGGCGUGCACAUCAUGCUAAUGGUGGCUUAUCUCGUCGCAGUAAGUACUCUCCUCAUAACUCUGAAUGAUUCUAACAGAAAACAGUAUUACAUCAUGGAUUCUAAUAAUCCUGUGAACGAAUUCAAUAUAGCCCUCGAUAUUCAAGGCGUACUUGGUCUCACCUCGCCAGCAGCCAACCUACUCCGAACGUUCUUCGUAGCAAACGAUAACUUCGGCAUCACCUGCGGCGAGACAGGGUGGUAUGAUUUGCAUCCCAUAGCAUUUCAACUUUAUGGUGGUGUCUACAUUAAUCUGAUCCUACAGAUCAUGUUCUGUAGUUUUGUUAUUAGAUUUAUCGAAACUGGAAGCUCAGCAUGGUUUUUCAAACUUCUUCCAAAGAGAAAGAUGCCGGCGACUCCAGCACAAUUAGACUUUGGUAUCGAGGGAAGAGAGUCUCCGAACUUCGCACCAACAGCAGAGCAUGAUGACGAUAUCCCCCUCAAGCCUCUCAAAGGAAAAAGUAGUGCAACUGUCCUCGUUCUCUCCAAGGUAACCAAAUUCUUCAAGUCACUGCUAGCAGUACAAGAAACAUCUUUCAACAUCUCCACAAAUGAAACACUAGCACUUCUCGGUGCUAACGGUGCCGGAAAAACAACCACCAUCAACAUGAUCCGUGGUCUCAUCACUCCUGAUCAUGGCACCAUAACCAUAGAUGGUAUCAAUGUCCUCGCUUCGCCUCAACAAGCACGAAUCCACACUGGCGUUUGCCCUCAAGAUGACGCAAUUGACGAGCUCACCGUCCGCCAAACCCUAAGCUUCUACGCGAGUAUCAAAGGUCUGCGAGACGUCAGGGGGAAUGUAAACGGCGUGAUGCGCGCAUUCGGCAUAGAAACCUUCGCUGACCGCCUCAUUACCAAGCUCUCGGGCGGCACAAGAAGGAAAGUGAUGGUCGCGAUCGCCAUCCUCGGGAAUCCGCGACUGCUGCUACUGGACGAGCCGUCUACUGGGCAAGAUGCCGGUGCCAAACGUGUUUUGUGGAAGAUCUUGCGUUCGCUGAGUAACGAUCGCGCGAUUCUGAUUACCACGCAUAGUAUGGAGGAGACAGAAGCACUUGCGACGAAAGUGGCCAUCGUCGAUAAGAAAAUGUUAGCUUCGGGCACGACAUCGCAGUUGCGAUCGCGCUUUGGAGGGUUCUAUCGCGUGCGGGCGGCUUAUGAGGUUGGGAGUGAGACGGAAUUGGAGGCGGCUCUUCGGGUCAUGUUUGGCACACAAGUGCGGAAUCUCAAGUGUGCGUUUGGCGAGGUGGAGUUUGAGCUGCCGUAUGAGAGGAAGAUGAUCGGGAGGAUUAUGCUGAGUAUGGAGACUUUGAUGGUGGAUAAGAAGGGUGUGCCCGGGAUUGAGAGGAGGAUUAAUGGGGAGGGAGUGCCUGGAAAUGGUACGAGGAAGGUGUUGAGGGACUAUACUAUUUUAGAGCCAUCCAUGGAUGAUGUUUUCUUGAAUGUUUGUAAAGAGGCCGAGAUUGGAAUCUUGUAGAGAAAAGAAAAAUCAGAUUUUUCUGUGGAGAGAAUUAAUUUCGAGUCUACACAUAGGACAUACAAGUUGUCCUAAAUAUCCCCCAACUUCAAAAUCGAGGUUUCUAGCAAUUGAUGAGAGGGUUGAAACUAAUACUAAUAGCUUAAA